AUGCGGCUGAGAUCUUUUGUCAUAUAUCGUGUUUUCCGUGUGAACUAUCAAGUGAGCGGAGGAGAGACCGCCCGUCCGGUGAGUAAGGUGAGAGUGACUUUCUACGAGUUUCAGCGACCCCUGCCUGUGAACAACCACCAGGGCCAGGGCGAGGGGAUGCCAGGAGAGGAAAUGACCCCGACUCAGACCCAGAACACCUCUGCCAUCCAUGACACCACUCCUCUUUCACACCCCCAAUCAUAUUCUCUGACACGACAACUCAGCUCGGACAGUGGAAAGGACAACCCAUUCCGCCCAGAUGGGGAAUUGAGUCGUGAGGCUGAUGAAAUAGUGGAACUUAUCAAGGAAGGUAAACCACUAACUCCAACAAAGAAAGAGGAGUCUAUUUGUGAUGUUCCUGAUGCAGGAAAAAAAGUAGUGGAUGAGAAGAUAGAGGGUGCACAAGUUUCCAAGGUUGCUGCUGCUGCUCCUUCUCCCACCCGAAGUCCAGGGGCCAAUGGAAGUGCUGCCCAAGGUCCUGUGGAAGUUCAACACACUGUGGUCACUGGUCCCAAUGAAGCAUCCCAGGUUGAGAGAGUUGUCCUGAAGAAGAAGUCAAAGAAAGGCUGCUGCGCAUGCGAUGGUGAAGACAUUGGUGUCAUCGAUGGUGGGCAAUCAGUGUGUGAAUGGGUAGCUAACUGUUUCAACGACUUCUCUGGAGUCUUCUGCAUAGAGCUUAGAAGAUGUAGGGCUGUAACUGAGGAGAGCACUUUGCAUGGAGCCCAUGAGCAUGGCAUCACUGUGAAUGAAUUGGAGACAUUGGUGAUACUCACCCCAGAACAUCCUGCAGCAGUAUGUGAUAUAAAUGCAGGGAGGAAGUAUGUCUCCCCUGUAGCCUUUGAAAUCUCCAGGGCAUCAUAUGAGCCUCGUAUGCUUCUGGACUUCAGUGUGGGGAUGCAGAUGGCAGGAGCUGGAUUCAGGGUGCUCAAGUAUGAAUACUUGGAGUUCAUUGGAGGGCAGAAGUACAUGGCAUGCCUUAAGCAUGAUCUCCCCUUGAUCCACGAGGUUCGUGGAACUUUGAAUGCAUGCUGCUGGCCAUGUGUGGCUAAGGAUGGGACUGGGAGUGAUGAUACCAUCUUGUGUCGAAAGUGCAUUGUCUGGAGGUGCCCUCAUCAGUCAUCUUUGGUGCAGUGUGUAGCAGGACUCUGCUAUUCGCAUGGGAAGGAAGUUUCAAUGAGUGGCAUGGGUCAUGUAAGCUGGACGACCAGCUACACAUUGGGGCUCGUGGCUGUCUUUGAGCCUGAAUUCCUGGGAAAGGAAGUGAGUGGGGUGCCUCUAGUGACCACUGGAGUUGGGGUCAUCAAGCCUGUUGUUCCCAAGGAGAAUGGUGUGGGUGGCAAGGCACCACCCAAGUAUUGUCUUCAUCCAGCUGGUGAAGUGGGAUUUGGAAUGCCUCAGAUUCUGGGAGGCCCAUGGGACAUCAUGGUGCAUCACCAUCUGGAGCCACAUCUUCAACACAAGAUCCUGGGAGCUAGAUGGCUUUUUUUCCCCAUGGUUUACUAG